AUGAGGUAUACCAGUGCUUUAAGGAAGGCGCAAGAAGUAUUGGUGAAGUCCGCUUCUGGAUAUCCUACAGGAUUAACUGGCUUAUAUCAACACCCAAACCCAAGGCCAGCGUUAAUAGCUUUAUACAAUCAUACCUUGGAAGUGUUGGACAAAAAGUUUCCAAAGCAGUCUAUCUACAAGCAAUCCGUUGAAGCAUUAACGAAAAACAGAUUAAAUAUCGUAGAGGAAGAAGAGAUUACUGAAAAUAUUGAAAGUAGAAUAGGUAGCGGAUUAAUUGAAGAAAUACUUGUACAAGCUAACGAUGAGCUAGAAUUGGCCCAUGAACUCGCCGGAAUGAAAUGUUGGGAAGAGUUGGAAGAAAAGCCUUUGGAGGACCAAUGGGUUUAUUUUGGAAAAAAGAUUUAA